CUCUGUUUCCUGAAAGCUGUGUUUCCUCCCAUCCAGAGAACUCCAGACCUGACUGUUUCUGAUGGUCUCUACAUUUAGGAACGGGUUAUAGCGUGGCCAUUCAAAGGGGCUAGGAUUAGGCUGAAGCAGCUGCUCUCUAUGUUCAACUACUCCAGCCUCUAUAUAGUCAUCAGUCUGCAGUGAUGCGUCCUCUGUAGUGGAAACCAGCCAUGCCGACUGUAUCAGUCACUGAAACGACUGUGGAGUGUUCUGAACGGCUGAUACAUCCGCAUGUAGGACACAAGUCAUCCACAGAGGGUUCCCCAUCUGACGGAUAUAAGACCUUGACUGUUUUCCAAUCUUGCUGGGAUGCAAAUGUGGCCUUGGUGCUUGUGGUUCUCGCCGGGUUUCUCAUCUUGGUGCUGUUUUACUGCGUCCUUCUCUUGCGACACAAACUGCGUUUGGCUCAAGCAGGAAAUUCUUUGGAGUACUUUGGCUUCUACCACAUAGCAAGCUACACUCUGAAACACCCACUUGAAACCCCAGGUAUAUCUUUCGUGAAUAUGGAUUCCCUCCCUGUGGAAGCUAAUUCUUGUUCUCCACCUCCAACUGUGGUUCCAAGUCAUCCAGUCAUCCCCCCACUCCUCCCCCCACCUCCACCACUUUCAUCUCAACCUCCCUCCAUUGUGCCUCUGCCGCACCCCAUCAUCUACACUACCCCACCCAGCCCUCAAUCUGACGCAGAGGUGUAUUCCCGCAUUGGCACUCUACGGCCCUCUAGGCACUCGAGCGUGAGUCAGACGCAGGUGGUUCUCUUUGAACAUUCAUCUCUGUGACCCUUCAUAGAGGAACUCUGGCCUCUGUCUCUUCCUUGACAGUGUUUGCUAAGAGACUGCCUUUCACAGUCCAGUCGUUCAGGCAACUUUUAAGUCAUGUGUUUGUUUGCUUUUGUAUUUUUGGAAACUUGCAUAUCCUUGUUCUUUGGUACUGUUUGCAUGGACAGAACUGUGUUGAGGCUGUUUUGACUGUUGAUAGUAUUAUUUUCACUUUAGCUUUUUUUUUUUUUUAGAUUUGCACUAAAGCUAAAGGUUGUAACAAACAAAGGACGCCCAUAGCCUCUAGUUUAACACUGCACAAAUUAUAUAUAUCUUAAUAUCA